AUGACGAGAAAGAUCCCAAUAAAGUCAAUCUCACUGUCGGAGCGUAUCGUACUGAGGAAGGCAAACCUUGGGUACUGCCGGUGGUCCGCGAGGCUGAAAAGCUUGAUCGCGGCCGAUGAGUCGCUCAAUCAUGAGUACUUGCCGGUUCUGGGAAUGGAGGCGUUCACAGAGGCAGCCUGCCAUUUGGUCCUUGGAGAUAACAGCCCCGCAAUUAAGGCUGGCAGG